CUGUUGUUUCGCGGGGUUGGGGCGGGGGCCGGGCGGGAUCCGGCCCCUUUGCCAACGGGGAUUCUUGGGGGGAUUAUUCGCCGUUUUCUUCCUGGUGGGAUUUUUUUGCUGCAACCGAAAGAAGACGGGCACAAGGCAUGGCAUGAGCUUCGGGAGACAGGGCUGGAGAGAGACCUGUGGAAGAUGUCGAACCCGAGAAACGGCGACACCAAGCCCCCAUGUUUGCCCCGCAAUGGACUGGUGAAGAUCCCCACGCAACCCAACGGCCUCGGCUCCGCCAGCAUCACCAAAGGCACCCCUGCCGUGAAAAACCGCCUGUGCCAGCCUUCCUCCGUGCCUGCCAUCCUCAGCCCGGCCUUAGCCCACCGCAGCGACCUGCCCAUCCCCAGCCUGGCCUCCCCGCUCUCCUUGGCCACUCUGGCCAGCGUCUCCUCCCCUCCCGGCGCUUCCCUGGUGGGACUGACCGCGAGCGAAGGCUCGGAGCAGCCCUCUCCGGAGCGGCUGCCAGGCUCGGCCUCGGAGCGGCAGCUGGCGGUGGACGAGAAGAUCCUCAACCGCUUGUUCUGGUACUUUUCGGCGUGCGAGAAGUGCGUGCUGGCGCAGGUGUGCAAGGCAUGGCGGCGGGUGCUCUACCAGCCCAAGUUCUGGGUGGGCUUGACGCCCGUCCUGCACACCAAAGAGCUCUACAACAUCCUGCCCGGUGGAGAGAAGGAGUUCGUCAGCCUGCAGGGCUUCGCCGUCCGCGGCUUCGACGGCUUCUGCCUCGUGGGCGUCUCCGACCUGGACAUUUGUGAGUUCAUUGACAACUACCCCCUCUCCAAGAAGGGGGUCAAGUCCAUGAGCCUUAAGAGGUCGACCAUCACGGACGCAGGGUUGGAGGUGAUGCUGGAGCAGAUGCAGGGCGUGGUGCGGCUGGAGCUGUCAGGCUGCAACGACUUCACGGAGGCCGGGCUGUGGUCCAGCCUCAACGCCCGCAUCACGGCGCUGAGCGUCAGCGACUGCAUCAACGUGGCCGACGACGCCAUCGCCGCCAUCUCGCAGCUCCUGCCCAACCUCACCGAGCUCAACCUGCAAGCCUACCACGUGACGGACACGGCGCUCGCCUACUUCACCGCCAAGCAGGGCUACACCACCCACACCCUGCGCCUCAACUCCUGCUGGGAGAUCACCAACCACGGCGUGGUCAACAUGGUGCACAGCCUGCCCAACCUGAGCGUCCUCAGCCUCUCGGGCUGCUCCAAGGUCACGGACGACGGAGUGGAGCUGGUGGCCGAGAACCUGCGGAAGCUGCGCAGCCUCGACCUGUCCUGGUGCCCCCGCAUCACCGACAUGGCCCUGGAGUACAUCGCCUGCGACCUGCACAAGCUGGAGGAGCUGGUGCUCGACAGGUGCGUGCGGAUCACCGACACCGGCCUCAGCUACCUGUCCACCAUGUCAUCCCUGCGGAGCCUCUACCUGCGCUGGUGCUGCCAGGUGCAGGAUUUUGGCCUGAAGCACCUCCUGGGCAUGGGCAGCCUGCGCCUCCUCUCGCUGGCAGGCUGCCCCUUGCUGACCACCACGGGGCUGUCGGGGCUGGUGCAGCUGCAGGAGCUGGAGGAGCUGGAACUCACCAACUGCCCCGGGGCCACCCCGGAGCUCUUCAAGUACUUCUCCCAGCACCUCCCGUGCUGCAUGGUGAUCGAGUAGCGCCGGACCCGGCCGCCCGCUCCCGCGCCCACCCCGGCCGCCACCG